AUGGCCUUCGUGCGCAAGCCCGUAGGGACGGAGCUGAAGGGCAGCUGUGCAGAUCACGGGUUUUGCACAGAGGAGGAGCAGCGCGCGGCCUACGUUUCGGUGCUCCAACGGCUCGCGGCGGAAGGGGUCUUCGCGGCUCUGUUGCCAGAUGCCCAAGGUGCGCUCCGCAUCAACGUGCCUUUCGCUGGCAAGUUCGAGGAGCGGAAGCCUUUGGUGAACUUUCUUCGACAGGAGGUGCUGAAUCGGCGCCAAGACAUCCGGGCGAUUUACAUCUUUGUAAGUGAUGUGCAAGACUUUUACAGUGGCUGUCAAGCCCAGCCAAGCUUUGAUGCACAGAUCUUCAUCACAUAUGCGGUUCAGGAUGGAAGAUCCCCGAUGCCUGCGGCGCAGCUCACCUUGGGCAUGCACCCAGACUGCAGCUCGCGGUUCCUCACUGACUUUGGGGAACUGUACCAGCUGUACUACUUCCUGUGGCAGAAGGUUCUGUACAACAACUUUUCAAGCUCGGGUCAGAUUGCGGUCUUUUGCAACCUUUGGCUCGAAGAGGCGAUUGAGGUUCAGAAUGUGGCCAAGCAAGCAGGCAUGAUCCCCAGCGCCGCAUUGAAAAAUGUAAUUUACCGGGGCGAGACUGUUACCGCACCUCUCACGGGCAACAAGCGGGACAGGCGCCCUUUUCACUACAUCACCAUCGCGGAGCGUCUUCCCAUGCAGGUGGUGCCAAAGAUUGUAACCCACGAGGAGGACUACACUGGACGCUAUCAAAAUAUGUGGACGAUGUGCGGAGCGGCCAAGCAGUGCGAGAUGGACGGCAUGCUUCGUGAAACGGAUUGUGACUCAGCCUCCUUGAGCAGCGUGAGCGACAGUGAUGACGAGUGA